AUGAACCAUCACCCGGUCGAAAACGAGAGCGCCAUAGCGGCCAUGCGGGCCCAGGUGCUCGCCAACGCCCGCGUGCUGUACAAGGAGCACAAGCUUUUCGAGGUCCUCACCUCGCAGGAGCUGGACGGCUCCGAGCUCGUCAUGCAGCAAAACUGGGCCUACCUGGUCACCUUUCCCCACGACGCACGCGCCCUGAUCCUCAGCUGCAGCGAGCCGUGCGAAUCCCGCGAGGAUGCCAUGCGCUCGCUGCUUGACGACGUCGAGGCCGAGAUGGGCGAGAUGAUCACCAAGGAGCUCAAGGACCAGAAGAUCCCCAUCGAGAGGAGGCGUCGCCGCAGGGAGAGGCUGGUAGAGCAGAGCCGCCUGGCUCGUUCCGCAUGA